AUGGGUGUCAAACAGUCAUAUUUGAUAUGAUUUUUACUUUUAAUACUUUCAUUUGGUUAUGCGUGGCAUCAUAAAGAUGCAGACCACGGAUUAACAAUCUCUACAAACAUACGGAAUGAGGUCAAGGCAGCAGGAGAAUAUUCUAAGAGAAUCUUUCUGACAUAUCAUGGAAACAUUCAAGAUGAAUUCACUCUUGAUAAGACUUACAAGUCUUGUCAGAACAUUCCUAAGUUUGAGGAUGAUCUGUAUGCAAUAAGCAGGAAAUUUUAUUUCUCCCAUCAUGGAGAAUCUGAUGAAAAUCAUGAUUUGAAAUUGUAUGCAACUAUUAAACCUUAUGGAGUCCAUGGAGGUAGAAUACCAAUCCCAGUUUUCCCAGAUACUAUUACUUUGGACGAUAAGACCCCUGUAAAAGUGAAGUAUGAUUGAAGUCAGAUCCCUAAGGAAUACACUCAUGCUGUUGUUGAGUUAGAAGUCAGUAAUGGGAAAGCUUUCCAGUAUUUAAAGCAGUGCCAUCAAAUGCCAAAAAUGUUCUGGAUACAUUUCAUGCAAUUCCUGGCGCUUGCCUUUCUGGCUAUGACCAUACUAAUAGUAGGCUCUAAGAUGGGAAAACUAAGUCUUUUUGAAAGAAUUGAUGAGUUUAGAUUUGAUUACUACAAAAUUUCAAUUAAAACAGUAUUGAUGCUGAUCAUCUUGAGCAGUGUUGUUUUGGUCAUGUCUUACUAUCUCUUACCAUUUAAAUGGUUCAACACAACCGUGACAGCAUUGCUGUGAAUAUGAGCUCUUGUAAUGCUUUUAUUCUUAUUCAUGGACUUCAUUGACUGGAUGUUCUGCAUUGAAGAAAUCAAUGAAUUUGAAGGAUCGGGACAUUUCAUGGACCAGCCAUGCCUUGGUGGAGGAUUCAACCUCAAGGCCACAAUUUCAUUAUUCCUCUCUGUGGUUAUUGUUUUGCUUUGGUUUCUGUUAAGACACUGGAUUUUAAGUAAUUUGUUGGCUAUUUGAGUUGCUUGAACAAUUGUAAAAGUAUUUAGAUUCAAUGCUCUUUAUCCAGCAUUUCUGAUCCUCCUUGGAUUCUUAGUAUUUGAUGUGUUUUGGGUCUUUGCCAGCCCUGUGUUAUUCAAUGGGCACAGUGUUAUUCAUGAGGUUUUGAGGGAGAUAGACUUCCCGUUAAAACUAGGAAUUCCUGGCUCAUCUCCAUUUAUAUCCUGUGCAAAUCUAAGUAUCGUUGACAUAGUUGUGCCUACGUUCUACAUCAGCUUCAUAUCGAGGUUUGGUAGGGGCCAGAGUACGAACAGUUAUUAUCUAGCUCAUGUUAUAAUGUAUGCUAUAAGUUUGGGAUUAUUCACUCUCAUGAUGGUUUACACAGGGUCAGAGCAGCCCGCACUGAUGUAUAUAAUCCCUUGCCUAUUCAUUACAACUUUUAUUACAGCUGGAAUCAGGAAGGAAUGGGGCACUCAGUUGUCAAUGAGCUCAACUCUUGAAGGAGAAGGCCCUAUGUUUGUUUCAAGAGGUUCAGACAAGGCUAUUGAAGAAGCCAGUGCAAGAGGUAUGGAUAGGUUUGAUCAUAAGCUAUUCUCUAAUGCUGGCGGUGUUGCUCAGCAAUUUCAGAAAUUUGAAGAUGACCCAGCUGAUGACGAGAGAGUCAAUGAAAAUUUUCAAAAUCAUGAAGAAGUUAAAGUAAAAGAGGAAAAUAAGGAGUAG